ACGCGAAAUGUGUAAAGAUGUAGCCAGUCGGAAAUUUUGUUAAAACAUUAGGUUAGUUUUACUUCCAUUUGUCGUAUAAGUAACUGAAGUUGAAGUACAAUCGCAUGAUAUGGUUGUUUCCCAAUAAAUUAACGACCAACAGAAACCGUUAGAAAGCAAAACCUCUGUUUUUUAAAAGCAGCAUGGCGCUCUCAAAUGAAAGUUUCCCCGGUGAUAUUAAACUAUCAUCAUCCCAAGAAGAAGAAGAAGGGUCAAAAGAUGAAAUCCCCGGACAAACCAAAACCUCCACCGCCAGAGUUUUAAGUCAGGAGGAGCUGGACAGACUCGGCGGGGAGCGGGCUCUGGUGUCCGGCUUCAAGCAGAUGAAGCUUGAGAAAGAAGCUCAGAAAAACUGGGACUUGUUUUACAAAAGAAACACGACGAACUUCUUCAAGGACAGACACUGGACGACCAGAGAGUUUGAAGACCUCAAAGCGUGCAGAGAGUUUGAGUCACAGAGGCUGGUGCUGCUGGAGGCCGGCUGCGGCGUGGGAAACUGCAUCUUCCCUCUGCUUGAGGAUGACCUCAACAUCUUCGUUUAUGCCUGUGACUUCUCACCACGAGCUGUCGAAUUUGUCAAGCAAAACCCCCUGUACUGCCCUGAGCGCUGCUGUGCCUUCCAGUGCGACUUGACUCAAGAUGACCUGACGGCAAACGUGCCGGAGGGCAGCGUGGACGUCGUCACUCUCAUCUUCGUUCUGUCGGCCGUCCACCCUGAUAAGAUGAAGCUGGCUUUGCAGAACAUCAGCAGGGUGCUGAAGCCUGGAGGCAUCGUCCUGUUUAGGGACUAUGGCCUCUACGACCACGCCAUGCUCCGAUUUAAAGCUGGCAGCAAGCUGGGGGAGAACUUCUACGUACGCCAAGACGGAACCAGGUCGUACUUCUUCUCUAAAGAGUUCCUGGCCGAGCUCUUUGAGGAGGCGGGUUUCCAGUGUGUCACUAACGACUACGUCCUGAGAGAGACGGUCAACAAGAAGGAGGGGCUCUGUGUUCCCAGGGUGUUCCUGCAGAGCAAAUUUACCAAGCCUGGCCAAUCAGAGAGCUCCUGAUGUCAUCUAACCUUUGACUGUCACCUCAUGAAUCUCCAGAGGUGGAGAAGCAUAAGACUGGGAAGGGAAUUGGAGGCCUAAUGGUGUCACCAAGGAGGCUCAUGGCAGCUGGAUUUCAAUUCUUAUGCCCAUGUGGGCGAUGCAGGUGGGUAAGGCAGAAUAAUGAUACCACCUUCUAAACCACAUCGGAGCUGCUCCUUCACCAACAGCUGCAGAUGGUGCUUGUACCGGGAAUCUUAUAGAUGGAAAUAUGUGGAACUGUAUGAACUUUCUGGUCCAAAACAUGCCAACAGGAGAAUGAUAGUUCAGUCUUGAGCUGGAUUAAUAAUGAACAGUCUGAACUCACUUUUCACAGCCUGUGUCAAACUUUUCUCAGCUGCCUUCAAAAUGUUUUUUCUCCUGUGAACAAACAGGUGUUUUCGUUGCCUCCAGCAUCAUUUCUCUUAUUCCUCAUGAUAUUAAGUUCAUGUAAGGAUGUUUAGGAUUUUAAUUUUGUGUAAAUGAUUUUAAAUGUUUUCACCAUCUAUACUGUGAGGGGAAAAAACAACUGCAGUGUGUCAUUUCACACUUGGUCUAAAAUAGUUCAGAAAACUUGCUCACAGUAUCACCUCUGGUUUGUGGUCCAGGUAUUCUGAGCUAUAAACCACAGAGGCAGAUAACAAUCAUACAUUCAUGCACAUUAACAUCCUGACCUUUUUAAAAAUAAACAUUUAGGUGGUUUUCAAGUGUCUUAACAACA